GAGUCACAGAGUCCGGCCAGUCAGGAUGAGACUCACGGUUCUAGAGAGGUUUGCCACAAAGUGGCUUUUGGAAUCCUUUGCUUACUUCUAAUGACGGCAAUUGCAGUGUGGCUGACAUACAUUUUUCAAGAUAAACAUGAGCUAAUGAAAUGUCAAAACAACCUUGAUCAAAGCACUGUAAAAAAUAUCAGCGCCUCAGAUAAAAUAUUGACAAGUAAGUCAUCAGAUUAUGAAGGCUACAAAAAUCAGGAGGAACAGAACAGAUGCUGUGGAAAAAUUAACACUGUUUUAGAUUAUGGAAAGUACACAGGCAAAUGUGCUGAAGCACGCUUGUUCUGCUGUGGAAUAAAAUGUUAUUAUUUCAUCAUGGACAAUAAACACUGGAAGGACUGUAAAAAGACCUGCCAGGACUGCGGCUUAUCCCUUUUGAAGAUAGAUGAUGAUGAUGAACUGAAGUUUCUAAAGAACCAGUUUAAUACAAACACUUUCUGGAUUGGAUUAUCUUAUGAAAUAAGCAAAAGUGAAUGGGGAUGGAUUGACGAUGGCACAUCUAAACUGUGA